UGAAAUUCAAACAAUAGAUAGGCAAUGAAAGAAGUUGUCAUUUAUGGCGCCCCAAACACCCACUUCUUCCCAAUAAUUUUCCAAUCCGCCAAAGAAAUUUAUUGGAGGCUUCGGUGGUUUCAUAGAUUUACCAAGUCCAACGAAAUCCUUCUCUGCUAAGAAAACACCCAUUUUCACACUAACCUAUUCCCUACCCUUUGACGAGUUAGGUUGUCGGAAAGGGAAGAAGAGGGUCACCGAUUUGAUUACGGGUUGCACAUAGAGACCCCAAAAUUGGGAAUUUCCUCCCCCAACUGCAAUAGUACUCGAAAUCGAGCGACCCCUUUUGCGUUUGAUUUGAUUCUUGUUUGGUUAAAGGACUGAUGGGGCAGAAGCAAUCGAAAGACGAAUUGCUGUAUAAUCAGGUCAAUUAUGGCAACAUCGAAGGCAUCAAAGCUCUUUGCAGAGAUGGUGCCAGUCUCGAGUGGAUGGAUAGAGAGGGAAAAACGCCAUUGAUCGUGGCAUCUCUGAACCCGCAGCUAUACGAUGUCGCCAAAACUCUUGUAGAACUGGGUGCCAAUGUCAAUGCUUACCGUCCCGGUCGAAAUGGUGGCACUCCUUUACAUCAUGCGGCAAAGCGAGGUCAUGAGAGCACUGUCAGGUUACUUCUUUCUCACGGAGCAAACCCAUUGGUGAUGAACGACGACUGUCAAACUCCCUUGGAUGUUGCAAGAGCAAAGGGAUACGCUAAUGUUGUCCGUACAAUUGAGGGUCAUAUGUGCUUGUUCUCUGGUUGGAUGCGGGAGUUUUAUGGGCCCGGGUUCCUCGAAGCACUUGCUCCUCAGCUGCUUUCAAGAAAAGUUUGGGUUGUUGUCUAUCCUUGUGGUUCUCGAAUCCCCAAGGCACCAUUCAAAUUGGAGCUGGCAAUUUACACCAGCGUGCAGGAUGCCCAACCGCGUUCAGUUAUUGCAUUGUGGAAAGCAAACCUGGAAGAUCCAAAGUUCUACCAUACAGAUACAUCAGUGAUAAUUGUUGAUAAUACCACCAUCUCAAAAGGCCGGAGGCGGAGGCGAAGGUGUAAGCCUCGAACAGUAACCUAUAGGCAGGCACGAAUUAAGCUGGCACCAGGGAAUGAGAAUGAAAAGGUGCAACUUCAGUGGUUCUGUGAUGCAUGCAAAGGGAUUACACAGGCAAGGCAACCCGCAUUUCUCCAGAGUGCGAACCCACCUGCAUCCGCGUCUGCUCCCCCAUCUUCAGAAGACAUGGAACUUGCUAUGGCAAUCAAUGCCUCAAUCCAGACUGCAGCAAUGCACCCUGAGAUUCCAUCUCCUAUCCUUCCUGCUGAACCUUCGCCAAUGAAAGAGAACGACUCCACCGUUACAACUCACCACACAUCAUCACAAUCAGGAGGAGCUGAGGUCAGCUCCUUAAAAUCUGCUCCAUCUGCUCCACCAGUGGAUACUGAGAUCACGGAAGAUGGCCCGAUACAUUACCCGACUAUUGACCUAGGUUCCGUGGACUUCACUUCUCCCUCCCCUGCUGUUGAGGACUUGUCGGCCAGCACAAGUGGGAGCAAAGGAGAAGUUAGUGAUAAGGAGUCUUCAUCUUGUGUGAUAUGUUUGGAUGCCCCAGUGGAGGGAGCCUGCAUCCCUUGCGGCCAUAUGGCAGGAUGCAUGACCUGCCUGAACGAGAUCAAAGCCAAGAAGUGGGGCUGCCCUGUCUGCCGCGCCAAGAUCAACCAAAUUGUCAGGCUGUAUGCUGUUUAAGCUGAAAGCAGAUGUGCUUGAAGCGGGUUGAGAAGGGCAAGGACAUCCCGGUGCAGAAUGGAGAAUUGGGAUAUUUUGUCGUAUUUACUAUGUCACACGGUUCUUCAAACAGCUUUCUGGGGCCAGGUUUGGAGGUGUUGUACUAAACCGUGUAAGUCUCGACUUAGAGGCUGAGAACACGUUUUGAAUUUAUCUGUUGUGUGAAGUGGGUUGGACAGACUUAAUUGUGUACAGAGGUUAUACACUGCAAAUUACUUGUAAAUUUUGCGAACAGCUUGGUUGUUUUAGAGUCAUUGCGGUUCCAGUCUCUGCAGAUAUGUAACAUAUGCUGCGAGGAAAAGAAAAUUGUCUUCAGACAUGGCAUAAGAAAUGUGUUGGAAUUCAUGUGUCCUUUUAGGUUUCCUUAUAA